AUGGUGGAAACCUCCCCCAGAUGCCUCCCCAUCUCGCAGCCCCCACUCGUUUGCCACGUCUCGGGGCGUUGGCGUUACCGGGCCUUCGAUGGGAAGAACUACGGCUUGGCCGGAGCUUGCACCCAGACGUUGGUGACCACCUGCGGCGUCCAGUUGCCCACCCUCCAGGUCACGGCGGGUGGCCAGGUGGGCAGGGGACCAGCCGCCACCUUCGGCCACGUCACGCUCCGAGGAUACGGCCCCGGGCAGAGCGCGGUAGGGGCGGGAUGUCUUCUCCGGAACGGGAUCCAGGCGUCCGGUUCCUUCCCGCUCCGUUCGCAACCUCCAGUUCCCAUAACUGGGGAGGAGAGCCGGGCGUCCCAGUCGACGUCCCCCUCCCCGCAGGUGGCCGGGCGCCGGGUCCGCCUGCCCCUCUCGUUGGCGGGGGGCCGGGUACGGCUGGAGCGUCGGGGGGGCCAACGGCGGGUGACGACAGCCGCGGGCGUGCGGGUGGCUUUCGGCGGGGACGGCGCGGUGACGGUGACGGCGCCGGCGUCGCUACGGGGACAAGCGUGCGGGGUCUGCGCCCAGCCGGAGGAAGGGGACGGCGGGGGAGAGGGGACGCGGUGCCCUCCACCCUGCUCAUCCAAACACCCCCAGGAGCCCUGUGCCCCCGCCCCUGACCCCGCCCCCAUCCCCGCCCCCAUCCCCGCCCCCGUCCCCGCCCUCGCCACCUGCUCCGCCCUGGGCAUGGGUCACCUCCGGACCUUCGACCGCCUCCACCGCGACUUCCCCGUCUCCUGCGUUUACCUCCUGGCCGGCCUCUGCCCCGGCGCCGGCGGCGCCGAACCCUUCCGCGUCCUGGUGCGCGGCGGCGCCGGCGGCAUCGUCGGCGCCGAGGUCCUCGUGCAUCGCACGCGCGUGGGGCUGGAGCCCGGGCAGGUCACGGUGAACGGCGUGCCGACCCGCCCGCCCCACGCGGCGGGGACCUCGGCGGUGACCCUGGAGCCCCGGGGUUGGGCGGUGACGGUGAAGACCCGCCGGGGGGUGACGGUGACCUUCGACGGGCGUCACGGCCGGGUGAGGGUCCAAGUGCCGGGCGUUUACGGCGGGCGGCUCUGCGGGCUCUGCGGGGACUCGGACGGGGACCCCCGGAACGACGCGGGGCCGGCGGGGGGGGGAGAGCCGGAGGGUGGGGGAGAGUGCGGGGCGGUGCUGAGUAAGGAAGGACCUUUCCGGUUCUGCCACGGGACCGUUCACCCUGAAACCUACUACCGGGAUUGCGUCGCCGACCGGUGUCGCCGCGAGGGAGCCUGCCGCGUCCUCGCUGCCUACGCCGCCGCCUGCCAGGAAGCCGGGAAGAGGGUCCUGGAAUGGCGAACGGAGGGUUUCUGCCCACCCAACUGCCCGGCGGGCACCCGCUACUCCAUCUGCGCCCCCGGCUGCACCCAAGGGUGCCGGGAGGGCUGCGUCCCCCCCCCCGGUACCGGGGGCACCCAGGGUUGUUCGGUCGCGCCGGGAAGAACGCCGGGUGUCACCGGCCCCCCGGGGACCUGCCGGGCCGUGGGGACCCGUCACUACCUGAGCUUCGACGGGGCGGCCGCCGCCGUGGGGGACAAUUGUUCUUACGUGGUGGCCCGGAGCUGCGGCCCCCCCGGCGUCCACCCCGCCUUCGACGUCACCGUCACCGACGCGGCCCGGGGCGGCAGCGGUAGCCGUAGGGUGACGGUCACGGCGGAGAGACAUCGCUGGGUGAUGCGGGGAGGGAGACCCGGCGUCGUGGAGGUGGACGGCGUGGCGGUGCCGCUGCCCUUCUGCCUGCGGGGCCGGGCCGUCUGCGUGACGCCGCGCGGCGCCGCCGCCCUCCUCCUCCUCGCCGACUUCGGCCUCCGCGUCGCCGUCGGCCCCGGGGCCGCCGUGGCCGUCGCCGUGUCCCCGCGCUACCGCAACGUCACCUGCGGCCUCUGCGGCAACUUCGACGGUCGCCCCGACGACGACAUCCGCCUCCACGACGACGACGUCGCCGCCUCCGGGGUCGCGUGUCAUCGUCCCUGUCCCGGUCCCGCGUGUCCCCCGUGUCGCCAGCCCCCCGAGAGGGCCUUCGUCCACACCGAGCUCUGCGGUCUUCUCCGGGUCCCCCGAGGUCCUUUCGGGGACUGUCACGCCGCGGUCCACCCCGGGAUCUUCUUCGACGUCUGCCUCCGAGAGCUCUGCCGGACCCCUGGGGACAAAGAGGUCCUCGACGAGGUCCUCGACGAGGUCCUGGGGGCCUACGAAGCCGCCUGCCGCCAAGCCGGGGCACGGGUGGGACCCUGGAGGACCUCCGACAUCUGCCCCCCGUGGUGCCCCGAGGACUCUCGCUGCCGCCCCGGUGACACCUGCGUCCCCCACCGAAAGCUGCUGCCGCGGGACCUCCUCGCAGGGGAGCUGCUGCCGCUGCGAGGCCUCGCCCAGAGCCUGGUGGCCCCCGGGGACGUCGUGGGCCAGAUCCUGGGGACGCCCCUCGGGCUCCCGCCCCUCCGGGGUGUCCCCUUGGUCCCAUAAUGCCCCUGGGCCCAAGGAGCACCCGGAGGGGGGGGGGACGAUGACACCCGGAGCGGGGACGAUGACACCCGGAGCGGGGACGAUGACACCCGGAGCGGGGACGAGACCCCCACGCC